AUGAACUCAGAACAGUCUCGAGCGGAAACCUCAGGCUGUCGGCAAGAUGCAUGCUUCCUGAACAGUGCUACAUCCACAUGGAACCAUAGUGUGGCCACCUUAGAUCCCAACAUCUCCAUGAGUAGCUUCACCUGGAACAUCUCAGCGACUCCCGUAUCUGGGUAUAAGUUGCUGACCACAGAGACGAGGACCACACUGAUCGUUCUGUACACGCUCACCAUUCUCUUCUCGGUGGUCGGCAACAUCCUCGUUGUGAUAGUUUUUUCUAAAGGUGGACGCAGCCGGACGGACAUCCGACCGUUUUUGAUCAGCCUGGCAGUGGCUGACCUCAUUAUGGCCAUCUUCUGUAUGCCUUUCACCUUUACCUACGUCAUGACCCGCACCUGGAUCUUCUCCAAGCCCAUGUGUCCGAUAGUUCUCUUCAUGCAACAUCUCUCGGUGUCCGCAAGUGUGUUCACCAACAUGGCUAUCGGCAUUGACCGGUUUCUCGUGGUGACGUUCCCACUGCGAGCUCGGAUGACAACCAAAAGAGCCAGAAACACCAUUUGCAUCAUCUGGGUAUGCGCCACAAGUCUGUCCGCCGUCCAGCUGGUGAUUAGUCGGGCUAAAAGCGACAACAAUACUGUACACUGCAAUGAACAAUGGACGUCCCAAGAGGAGCGUCGAACUUUUACAAUGUUUGUUCUGUUUAUAACCUACGUGAUCCCCUUGGUGAUUCUGGCAGUAACCUACUCCAUCGUGUCUAUACUUCUAUGGAAGCGUACCACCCCAGGGAACGCCCACGAGGGAAGAGAUCUUCAGCAGUUGAAAGGGAAGCGGAAG